AUGUCUGAUCCGAUCAACAGAAUCUGUGUUCCCUUUUUCCAUGCAGAAAUGGUGGUACAUGUGUCCAAAGCGGUCAGCUUUACACCUGUGAUUGCCCUAGAAAUUUUGAAAAAGAAAAAGAAAAAUAGCAUCGAGUUUUGGGAUAAUAUUUUUUUGUUUGAAAUUUUAUAUUUAGCUCCACUGGGUAGUUUUGCCAAUCCGGGAAUUUCUUGCAAGGACAUCGGGGAGAGAGUAAAUCACCGGCUGACGGAUGGGCGAUACUGGAUUGAACCAAUAGCUUCCAAACGAUUCUCGGUGUACUGUGACAUGACAACAGAUGAAAGUAAGUGGGUGUACGUUGAGGUAAAACAAACUAAAAAUAAAAUGUGUUAUCCUGAAAGGGGAUGUGAACCACGCAUAUUUACAGGAAACAUUUUUUUUCUGGAGAAUUUCCUGUUCGUAACAACACCUGCGAUCAGGACGCUACGACAAACAAUCAACUUCAAUCAGCUCCGCUGGUAUUACUUCAAGACAACGCAGGGAAACGUUUUCCACGUGAUGACGAAGAACAACUUCGCCGGCCACAAAGUUCUUAAUUAUUUUCUCAAACAUAAACGACAGCCUGCAGAGGCUUGUGGGUCAUUUGCCAGGCUCCCGGAUGACAACUCGACCCUCUCGCAAAACUGCCAAAAGUGGGGCUACAACGGUACGGAUGCACAAAUAAAUCAGUGGGGAUAUUUUAACGACCAAGGGAGAAUGAGGAUUUACCGUAAUGUGUCAGUGUGGGUUAAUAAAGGAAAGCAUUCGCGUUAAGUCCGCCGUGGAGAUAUUGGUGUGACGAUCAAGGUGACAGGCUGAGUGAGGGAGAUACCUGGGAGCUGUACUUCCGCUAGACUUCUUCAUCCAAGUGCAUGCAAGUUCUGUCACUGUGAGCUAAAGCACACGACAUAGCAAAAGUAAUGACCACAAACAUUAUCCUAAAUAAAGAAUUAUUGUCUGUUCCACAUGGAGAUGUGGGAAAGGCCAAAUAUGGAACCCUUGAAUCCUACAUACUAAUCCUAGGAAACCUUAAAGCCUCCACGAAGGACGUUGUUGUAGCGUUGUCCAUCCGGGUUUGUCCACUGCUAGGCACCAGGGAAGCUGAGAACAUGGAUCGUAUUGUACCUGGCCAACCAUGAUACCUUAAACAGUCAGUGUGGUGUACAGUGUGUGAAAGAACCCAUCACGCACUUGAAAUCUGAAUGAAGAUGAAAAUGAAAAAUGGUUUUCAUGAUCGGUUGGAUCAAGAAAUUAUGAUCCAUAGUUGACGAGGCUAUAAACGAGUACGAAAAGAAUCUCACCCCGUUGUUGCAUAGUGGUAGAAAACACCAUCGUGCAAUAACUGGAUUUCAAGGGAGAACAACCCGCUGCACAGUGUUUCCUUUCAGUGUGAUCCAAGAGGACUCUAUCCUCAGAGAGAAAACUCUUUUAAAAACCUAGAAGGAGGAAAGUGAGCUGUUGCCAUCUUGCCUAAUUUUGACCACAAUUGAACGAAAACUUGGAACUGCUGUAGAGACUGACUCAAAAAGGAGUGGAGAGGAGUCAAGUCGAGUUGGGCAAGGCUAAAAGCCAAGGAGUUCAUUUCUUUGCUCACUACAGUCCAGGAAAGAAUCCCUUUAUGUGUGAUGUCAG